AUGAACAGGACAAUGCACCGCGCCUCAUCGUGGAAACAAACCUCCAUCAUCAUCAUCCUUGUCGCUCUCACUCUCCUCGUCACUAUCACCUUCCUCGCAUUCCCCAGCAGCAGUUCGAGAGAAUCAUCAUCCACGAUGGCCAGUUCAGCAGCAGCAGCAAGCGGGUCGGUCGUCGGAGAGGGGAGCAUCGUGCACAUUGUAAUGUUUCAGUACCAAGAAGGGACGAAGGAGGAGGUUAUUCGGGAUGUGAACACGAGGAUGCUAGCGCUGAAAGACAGCUGCGUGCACCCGACGACGAAGAAGCCCUAUGUCAAGAUGGGUAUGGGCGGGAAGCAGAAUAGUCCCGAGGGAUUGACUGGAGACAUCGAGUACAUCUUCGUAGAAGAAUUCGCCAGUGCAGCCGAUCGCACGUAUUAUCUCGAGGAGGACCCGGUGCAUCUGGCUUUCGUGAAGAGUCUUGGUAGUGGCGUGGUUAAGAAGGUGCAGGUGGUUGAUUUCAGCCCGGGGGUUUUCUAG